GUCAAAUAACGCAUGCGUUGACAUAUUGAUUACAAUACAAACAAAUAAUCCCAAUACAAAUUGAUUUUGGGAAAAAUCAUCAUCAAAUUAUUUAAAAAAUUCUUAAAAAGGUGGUUUUAUAAUUGAAUUUUAUCAAAUUAAAUUAAAAUUAUUGAAAAGAAAAAUCCUUCGAAUUGUAUCGAGCAUGCGCAAGAGUAGCCCGGUUAUCGGUGGCCAUGUUUCGUUUCUGUCACGGUCAGUGUAGGUGAGGUGAACGCAAACGAAUCUUUGACUAACAAUUUCAAAAGCAGUCGUUAAACAUUAAAUUCCGGCCUGAAAAUGGCAGGAAAUACGGGGAUGGAACAGCUAAUCCCUAUAGUGAACAAAUUACAAGAUGCGUUCACCCAAAUUGGGGUGAACAUGACGAUGGAUUUGCCUCAAAUAGCCGUUGUGGGCGGACAAAGCGCCGGGAAGAGUUCCGUUUUGGAAAACUUCGUUGGCAGGGAUUUUUUACCCCGAGGUUCCGGAAUCGUCACAAGACGACCACUUAUCUUGCAGUUAAUUAAUGCCAAUACAGAAUAUGCCGAAUUCUUACAUUGCAAAGGUAAAAAAUUCGUUGAUUUUGAUGAGGUUCGUCGUGAAAUUGAAGGGGAAACCGACAGGAUAACCGGAAGUAAUAAAGGGAUCUCAAAUAUUCCCAUUAAUUUAAGAGUGUAUUCCUCCAAUGUUUUAAAUUUAACAUUAAUCGAUCUUCCUGGAUUAACAAAAGUACCGAUCGGUGAUCAACCAGCGGACAUCGAACAGCAAAUUAAAAGCAUGAUUAUGCAGUUUAUUAAGCGCGAUUCCUGUUUGAUUUUGGCUGUUACCCCAGCAAACACUGAUUUAGCCAAUUCAGACGCGUUAAAACUUGCCAAAGAAGUGGACCCUCAAGGAAUAAGAACGAUUGGAGUUAUAACUAAGCUGGAUUUGAUGGAUGAAGGCACAGAUGCUCGAGAUGUUCUAGAAAAUAAAUUUUUACCCCUACGAAGGGGUUAUAUUGGUGUUAUAAAUCGUUCGCAAAAAGAUAUUGACGGUCGAAAAGAUAUCUCAGCUGCUUUAGCCGCUGAAAGAAAAUUUUUCUUAAGCCACCCAUCAUAUCGCCAUUUAGCUGACCGUCUUGGAACCCCAUAUCUCCAACGCAUUCUGAACCAACAAUUAACAAAUCACAUCCGAGACACAUUACCUGGUCUCCGAGAUAAACUCCAAAAGCAGCUUUUAACAUUAGAAAAAGACGUUGAAGAAUUCCGACAUUUUCGCCCAGAUGAUCCAUCAAUUAAAACAAAAGCCAUGCUCCAGAUGAUUCAACAGCUCCAAGGCGAUUUCGAACGAACCAUCGAAGGUAGCGGUUCAGCUCAGAUCAACACUAUGGAAUUAUCUGGAGGUGCAAAAAUUAACCGUUUAUUUCAUGAACGGUUUCCUUUUGAAAUUGUAAAGAUGGAAAUCGACGAAAAGGAAUUGAGAAGAGAAAUUGCGUUUGCAAUUAGGAAUAUACAUGGUAUUCGAGUGGGGUUGUUUACACCAGAUAUGGCUUUUGAGGCGAUUGUGAAAAAACAAAUAGCUAGAUUGAAGGAACCUUCGUUGAAAUGUGUUGAUUUGGUUGUUCAAGAGUUGUCUAAUGUUGUUAGGAUUUGUACUGAUAAAAUGGCUCGUUAUCCCCGUCUUCGCGAAGAAACAGAAAGGAUCAUUGCUACACACAUCCGACAACGUGAGCAAUACUGUAAAGAACAGCUGGUUUUGUUAGUUGACUGUGAAUUGGCCUACAUGAACACAAACCACGAGGAUUUUAUCGGUUUUGCAAACGCUCAAAAUCAAUCUGAAGCUUCCGUUAAAACCGGAUCGAGAGGACCGCUUGGAAAUCAAGUAAUUCGUAAAGGAUACAUGUGCAUACAUAAUUUGGGAAUAAUGAAGGGCGGUUCACGUGAUUAUUGGUUCGUUUUGACUUCCGAAAGCAUCUCUUGGUAUAAAGAUGAGGAAGAACGUGAUAAGAAAUAUAUGUUGCCGUUGGAUGGGUUGAAAUUACGUGAUAUUGAACAAGGAUUUAUGUCCAGGAGGCAUAUGUUUGCUUUAUUUAAUCCUGAAGGUCGUAAUGUUUAUAAGGAUUAUAAACAAUUAGAAUUGAGUUGUGAAACUUUGGACGAGGUUGAUUCAUGGAAAGCUUCAUUUUUGAGAGCUGGAGUUUAUCCGGAGAAACAAACAGACACGUUAAAUGGAGAGGAGGGAGAAUCGUACCAGAAUGAAUCUGGAAUGAGCAGCUCGAUUGAUCCUCAACUGGAACGUCAAGUUGAAACGAUUCGGAAUUUGGUCGAUAGUUACAUGAGGAUCGUGACGAAAACCACUCGAGAUCUCGUCCCCAAAACGAUUAUGAUGAUAAUCGUUAAUACAGUGAAGAAUUUUAUUAAGGGUGAACUUUUGGCUCAUUUAUAUGCGAGUGGUGAUCAGAAUACGAUGAUGGAAGAGUCACCGGAGGAGGCCCAAAAGCGCGAAGAAAUGCUUCGAAUGUAUCAUGCUUGUAAAGAAGCGCUAAGAAUUAUUGGUGAUGUCUCGAUGGCUACAGUUUCAACGCCGGUUCCACCUCCAGUUAAGAACGAUUGGUUGCAAAGUGGGCUCGAUAACCCAAGAUUAUCACCUCCGAGCCCUGGAGGACCUAGAAAAGCUGCUCCUUCUAUGGGACAAGUUGGAACUACCGGUUCUUUAGGUUCAUCGAGAGUUCCACCACUUCCCCCAACUUCCGGAAGACCAGCUCCCGCCAUCCCUAACAGGCCAGGGGGUGGUGCCCCACCAAUGCCUCCAGGAAGACCCCAAGGACAAGCUUUACCCGCUCCACUUAUUCCAACCCGUUUCGGCGGACAACAACAGGGUCAACAGCAAGCUGGUGGUGGGAUUCAACUUCCGCAAUCCGUACAAUUAGCUGUGGGCCGAGCGGUCACCAAUGCAGCCGUCAACGAACUCUCCACCGCCUUCAAAUUCCACAAUCGCCCCGUGCCUAAUAUUCCCCCCAGAAUUCCGGACAGGCCUUUUCCUGGACGACCAAACUAGAGACCUAGUCAAUUUUGCAUCAAAAAAUUACAUUCAGGGGCACCACAAAAGAAUUAUUCAACUUUUUUACUAAUAAGAACAAAAUUUGUAUUUUAUUUGUGAUUUUUUUUGUUAAUUCCUAACUUAUUUGGUGUCCAAAAGCGGUACAAAACUAGUCUUUAAAUAUGAGGAACGAGUAUUAUUAGUUAAAUUAGUCUCAUUAAUAAUUUGUUUAAUAUAUUUUUUUUUGUUCAAUUUAAUCCAAAUUUUUUCUUUUCAAUUUGUAUUUAUGUACAUAAAACACUUAUAUAAUAUUAUUUUUCUUUAAUUAAUAAAUUAAGUUUUUUU